GAAUUUAUGAUUGGUGAAUAUGCCUGUUAACAAAUCACCUAUGAUUAAUACAUAUGGAGGCAUAUCUUCCCCUUAUCAUGAAGAGCUCUGGAAAUUAAAUUUUCAACAUUUAAGUGGAGAAAGGAGUCAUAAAUCAAGGCCAACAUUUUCAAUCACAAAAGAAUUCAUCUUGAGAUUCAAUCAAACACAAAAUUCCAAAGAGAAGGAAGAAUUGUUGGAACUAGCUAGAAAAAUCAUUCUCAGAUGUAAGAGAAAAUUGGGUCUCAAAACCCUGGGCUCUGGGAAGCAUGUGCAUCUUCCUGCUGCGUGGAUUGAAGUAAUAUAUCUGGCUCAAUGCAAAGGGGAAAUCCAAGAUGAAGCUUUAAAUAUGCUUUAUGCAUCUCUGGACCAUGCUUCCUUUGAUUAUGAUCAUCUGCCUGCCUUAUUUUUUGUUGCGGAAUCGAUUUUAUACAGACUCUGUUGUGAUGCAUCCCUCAAAACGUAUUUAUAUUCAGUUGAAAUAAAGCUAGUAAAGAUUGGCUAUUUGGUCUUCUUACGACUUUUUAUAUUUUUCCUGCAUGGCCAUCUAGAAAGUUUUAAGCAACAUUUACUUAGGCUUCAACCACAUUUAUACGCACUUUCUUUCUCUGGAGCAUCAUAUCACAAGUAUCCAAACAUCUUUUCAAAUGUGCAAUUCAUCCUGAAAGCCUCAGAAAUUAUAGGUAAAAGAGAACUCCGUUCUGAAUCAAUUUUUAGCCCUGUGGAAAAUAAGAAAAGACAUGAGAAUACAGAUUCUGAUAUGGGAGGAUAUGAAAUUAACCACCUGCUCUGGCACUGUGUUGCUGCUUGGUCUUGUGUUCAGAAUAACAGUCCUCAGUUGAAUAAUGUGCUUGAACAUCUCAUCUUCCAUAAGACACAGCUUCAAAAGAAAUGCUGGUUGGAUUCAGUACUGGCUUUACUGGUCCUUGGGGAGGCUGCCAAAUUAAACAUGGCCUGCUUGAAAGCUUUAAUGGACAUAGUGAGAGAUUUUGUUUCAAGCAUUAUGUCUGUUCAAAAUCAGGGAGAAAGUUACAAGGUAGAUGAUUUUUCCUGGGCCUGGAAUGUAGUCUACAUAUAUACAGUAAUUCUUGCAGAAAUCUGCUUGUAUGCAGCCACUUCUGAUUUGCGAAAAACUGCUCUAAUUGGUUUCUGUCAAUGUAAAAGUUCACGAAAAAAUAUUUUACGCUUGGACAAAUCAGUCCCUCCAGAAUUAAAGGAAGCAAGUAUUUUAAGUCUUUUGGAAUAUUUCUCUUCAAAAAUGUCAGAGAAUUGUGAUCAAGUAGUCUGGACUGGUUACUAUGGCUUAGUGUAUAACCUGGUGAAAAUUUCAUGGGAACUUCAAGGAGAUGAAGAACAGGAUGGACUUAGAAAUAUAAUAUGGCAAACAUUGCAGAAAACAAAGGAUUAUGAGAAAGAUAUACGAAUCCAAAAUGCAAUCAAUAUCGCUCAGGCUGAGUUAAAUGACCCAACCGAUCCUUUCACUAGGUAUAGUACAAACAUCUCAUCAAAUGUAGGAGAAGAAGUUUUCUCCAAAUAUAUUGGGUGGAGAAUUGCCGACACUCUUUCCAAACUAUUCUUUCCCCCCAUUGAGGCCCGUGUUCUUCCUUUGAAGAAACCAUCAAUAAAAAAGGAUCAAACGAAAUAUCCGAAUAAAAAGCUGGAGUCCAUGAAAAAGAAAGUUCUACAUUUCACUGUAAGGAUCUCCCCAGUUUUAAGAACUCUUAUACAUAUUCUCUUUCAUGAAAAAUGCUCCAACUUUCUAUAUAUUAAAGGUAAAAAGUCAAAGCCUCUUUAGAUUAUAGACCCUUCCUUCCCUGAUUUACCCCCUCAUCUCUCCCUAUCCUAGGUAAUAACAUCAGUAAUUUCUUGUGUGUCCUUUCAGGGUCUAUAAAAUGGAAAUAUAAUACAUUAUUAGUAUUUUUAAUUUUUUCCCCUUCAUUUUAACAUGAAAGUUAGCAUAGUAAACAUAGUAUUUGGCAUCUUGCAUUUGUCAUUUAACCUGAUUUCAGGUACAUUUUUCCAUUCCAAUACAUGGAAAAUUUUCUAAUUAUUAUCAUUUUUUAAACAGACAAGUUUUCCUUAUUAUGGAUAUAUCAUAAUUUAUUUAACCAGUUUUCUAUUGGUUAAAGUCCUAGCUUGAAUAAUUAGACAAGAAAAAAUAAAAGGCAUCCAUAUCAGAAUAUAAGAAGAAAAACUGUCCCUGUUUUCAGGUGACAUGACCUUAUAUAUAUAUAACCCUAGAGACUCCACCAAAAAACUUUUAGAAGUAAUAAAUGAAUUCAUUAAAGUUGCAGGAUACAGAGUCAACAAAUAAAAUCCAUUACAUUUCUGUACACUAACAGUGAGCUAUACGAUAGAGAAAUUAGGAAAACAGUUUCAUUUACAAUAGUACAAAAAAGAAUAAAAAACUUAGGAAUAAACUUAAAUAAGGAUGUAAACGACUUCUAGAUUGAAAACCACAAAACCUUGGUGAAAUAAAGAAUACAUAAAUGAAUGUCAGUUUGUAUUCCUGUGUUGAAAGAAUUAAUCUUGCUAAAAUGUUCACAGAUUCAAUGCUAUGAAAAUCACAAUGACAUUUUCUAAAUAAAUAUAAAUAACAAUUCGGAAAUUCAUAUGGGAACACAAAAGAUUGUGAAUAGCCGAAUCAAUCUUGAGAAGGAAGAAUAAACCUGCAGGCAUCACACUUUCUGAUUUCAAAAUAUAUUACAAAGCUACUGUAAUUAAAACAGUAUGGUAUUAGCAUAAAGACAGACGUAUAGACUAAUGAAACAGAAUAGAGAGACCAGAAAUAAAUUCAUGCACAUAUGGUCAAUUAAUCAUUGACAAGGUUUCCAAGAAUAUAUAACAGGGAAAAAAGAUUCUCUUCAAUAAAUGGUGCUAGGAAAGCUGUAUAUCCACAUGUGUAAGAAUGAAAUUGAACUCUUACACCAAGCACAGAAAGCAGAUCCAAAUGGAUUAAAGACUUAAAUGUAAGACAUGAAACUAAAAAUCCUAGAAAGGAGCAAAGAACGAAAACUUCUUGACAUUUGUCUUUACAAUAUUUUCUUGAAUAUGACACUAAAACUGCAGGUGACAAAAACAAUUAGAACUACAUCAAACUAAAAGUCUAAUGCAAAGCAAAAUAAACAAUCAACAAAAUUAAGUCAU